GCAUCUGAAGACCUCCACGGCUCAGGAUGGGGAACCACGCAGGGAAGCGAGACUUAGGUGCCGAGAAGGGAAAUAAGGUGCCUCCCAGGAACCAGGAAAGUAUCUAGAAUGUCGAAAGCAGGUCCCAUCGGUCGUAUCUGCUCACCAGGGCCCCGCGGCAGUGACUGCCCACACCGGCAGGAUGGUGAAACUAACAGAGGAGAAUCUGAAAAAAAGAGAAACCUUCGUGACCUUUCCCGGGAGACCUCAGAAGACAAUGACGUGUUUGAUGUGGACCGGAACAAUGGGACCCCCUUGCAGGACACAGCGGUGACAGACUCCAAGUGCACAGCGGGCCCGAAGAAUGCCUGGCCGGAUGCCAGCCCAGCUGACCCCGGGGGCCGCCCCCAUUUGAUCCGCCUCUUUUCCCGAGAUGCCCCAGGGAGGGAGGACAACACCUUCAAAGACCGGCCCUCAGAGUCAGACGAGCUCCAGACCAUCCAAGAAGACAGCGCGGCUGCUCCCGAGGGCCUGGAUGUGAUGGCGGCUCAGAAGAGACCCUCCCAGAGAUCCAAGUACCUGGCCUCGGCGAGCACCAUGGACCACGCCAGGCACGGCUUCCUCCCCAGACACAGGGACACGGGCAUCCUCGACUCCCUCGGCCGCUUCUUUGGCGCGGACAGGGGUGCACCCAAGCGGGGCUCGGGCAAGGUCGCGUGGCUCAGGCAGAGCAGGAACCCCCUGCCCCGUCAUGCCCGCAGCCCGCCCGGGCUGUGCAACGUGUGCCAGGACGGACACCACGCGGCCAGAGCCACCCACUACGGCUCCCUGCCCCCGAAGGCGCAGCACGGCCGGCCCCAAGACGAAAACCCCGUAGUGCACUUCUUCAAGAACAUCGUGACGCCUCGCACACCUCCUCCAUCACAAGGAAAGGGGCGAGGACUGUCCCUCAGCAGAUUUAGCUGGGGAGCCGAGGGCCAGAAGCCGGGAUUCGGUUACGGGGGCAGAGCUUCCGACUACAAAUCGGCUCACAAGGGCCUCAAGGGGCACGACACCCAGGGCACGCUUUCCAGAAUCUUCAAGCUGGGAGGACGAGACGGCCGUUCGGGGUCCCCAAUGGCGAGACGCUGAAGCCCUGCCCCGUGUCCCGGAAUCCCGUCCGUCCCCAGCUUCUUAACACAACUGCCUGGAAGUUAACCGCGAGCCGCAGAUCCCGAGCGUAG